AGGGGGCGGAUCUGGCCCGGGAUGCCCACGUUCUUCUCCCACCUCAUUGCAGUGAACCUCACGCCCGGUUCUACGCUGCUCAGAUCGUCCUGACCUUUGAGUAUCUGCACUCGCUGGAUGUCAUCUACCGAGACCUGAAGCCAGAGAAUCUCCUGAUAGACCAGCAGGGCUAUGUCGAGGUGACGGAUUUUGGUUUUGCCAAGCGGGUGAAAGGCCGAACCUGGACUCUGUGUGGGACCCCGGAAUACCUUGCCCCUGAGAUCAUCCUCAGAAAGGGUUAUAACAAGGCUGUGGACUGGUGGGCCCUCGGCGUCCUCAUCUACGAGAUGGCAGCUGGUUACCCCCCA